UAAGCUGACGGGCAUCGGCCGGCUCUCCCCCUCCUGCCAGCCGGACACGAGCGACCAAGGCCAGGGACUCUGUGCCACUGCAUCCUCGCAUCUUGGCUCUGGGACUGGCCCAGGGAGGGACACCCCAGCCCCCAUUUCAUUUACCCUGGAGUUCCCAGCUCUCACCACUUAUUGGAGUUCCCACCCCUCCGUAUUUAUUUCCCUGGCUUCUAGCCAGCCCUCUAUCUCUGUCUCCGGGUUUCAGGCCUCCCUCCUUGACAUGGAGAGUAACCUGUCUGGUCUGGUGCCUGCAGCUGGGCUGGUACCUGCACUGCCGCCUACAGUGACCCUGGGGCUGACCGCUGCCUACACUGCCCUGUACGCUCUGCUCUUCUUCUCUGUCUAUGCCCAGCUCUGGCUGGUGCUUCUGUAUGGGCACAAGCGCCUCAGCUAUCAGACGGUAUUCCUGGCGCUCUGUCUGCUCUGGGCAGCCUUGCGUACCACACUCUUCUCCUUCUACUUCCGAGAUACUCCCAGGGCCAACCGCCUGGGCCCCUUGCCUUUUUGGCUUCUCUAUUGCUGCCCUGUCUGCCUGCAGUUCUUCACACUGACGCUUAUGAACCUCUACUUUGCGCAGGUGGUGUUCAAGGCCAAGGCGAAGCGUCGGCCAGAGAUGAGCCGAGGCUUGCUGGCUGUCCGAGGGGCCUUCGUGGGUGCUUCACUGCUCUUUUUGCUGGUGAAUGUACUGUGUGCAGUGCUGUCUCGCCAGCGCCAGGCACAGCCCUGGGUCCUUCUGCUGGUACGUGUCCUGGUGAGCGACUCUCUCUUCGUCAUCUGUGCCCUCUCGCUCGCUGCCUGCCUCUGCCUCGUGGCCCGUCGAGCCCCUUCCACCAGCAUCUACUUAGAGGCCAAGGGAACCAGUGUGUGUCAGGCAGCUGCUAUAGGGGGUGCCAUGGUCCUGCUCUAUGCCAGCCGGGCCUGUUACAACCUGGCAGCUCUGGCCUUGGCCCCUCGGAGCCGGCUGGAUGCCUUUGAUUAUGACUGGUACAACGUAUCUGACCAGGCAGAUCUGGUGAAUGACCUAGGGAACAAAGGCUACCUGGUGUUCGGCCUCAUCCUCUUCGUGUGGGAGUUGCUACCCACCACACUGCUGGUGGGCUUCUUCCGGGUACACCGGCCCCCACAGGAUCUGAGCACCAGUCGAAUCCUCAAUGGGCAGGUUUUUGGCUCCCGAUCCUACUUCUUUGACCGGGCUGGCCACUGUGAGGAUGAGGGCUGCUCCUGGGAGCAUAGCCGAAGUGAGAGCACCAGCAUGUCCGGCAGCCUGGGCUCUGGCAGUUGGUAUGGUGCCAUCGGGCGUGAGCCAGGCUGGGGAGGGGCCAGCCAGACGAGGACCACUCCUCUGCUCUUCUCCCAGGUGCCAGGACCUGGUAGCCACCACCACAGCCUCUAUUCCACGCCACAGACGUGAUCUCCUUUUACUCUCCAUAGAAUACCCAGGCCCCAGCUCCCCUGACCCCUGGCCCCUGUGCCAAGUACGUCUGCUGCUUCUUGCCCAGGAUGCCAGGAGACUGUGGCUGCUUCUCUCCUCUGGCCAGCUCCUUGCUGCUCCUAUUGUAGUGAGCUUGUGCCAUCCCCCUAGAAUGGGGACAAGGCCCCAGAAUACCAGAUGCCCACAGUGCCCUGGCAUGCUCUGCCACCUCUGCUUCCACACUGGAUCCAGCUACCUCUCCUGUGCCUACCACUCAAUAAAGAGAGUCUGUGCCCUGUC